UAUACUACAAAAAUGAAUCUGGCCAUAUCUACCAACUAGCUUCUGAAAUUGAAAGUGACAAGACUAGCCACUAUACUACAAAAAUGAAUCUGGACAUAUCUACCAACUAGCUUCUGAAAUUGAACCAUACCUAAUCCUUUCAUUCAACUUAUUGGAAUCCGUAGGUCAUUCAUUAUAAAUAAUGUAUCACACAUCAUAUGAAAACCACUCACUAUCAACACUUAGCAAUUCAAACCUUCUUCUUCAAACAACCCAAUGGAUCUACCCCCAAAUGGCUUUGAUCUCGAAGAGUUCCAACGACAAUGGGAGCUAGAAGGAAAAAUACUUGAUAGGCAGCAAGAACUUCUUGAAGAAUUGCAAAGGAGAAGCGAACAACCCCAUAAGAGAAAAUCAAUAUAUAGAGAUCACCAUGCUGCUCAUGAGAGGCUCAUGGCCGACUACUUUGUCGAGUCAUGCACCUACACUGACGAACAAUUCCGACGGAGGUAUCGAAUGAAGAGGCCACUUUUUUUGCGGAUUGUGGACUCUAUAUCAAAUUAUGACAACUACUUCAUUCAAAGACGCAAUAAUGCGGGAAAGCUUGGUUUAACGCCGAUCCAAAAGUGUAUGGCUUCCAUACGCAUGCUUGUAUAUGGAGUGGCAGCGGAUGCUUGUGAUGAGUACGUGAAGAUAGGGGAAUCCACUGCAAUUGAGUGUACUCGCAAGUUUUGUGAAGGGGUAAUAGCCUGUUUUGGAGAUGAAUACUUAAGACGACCAAAUUUGGAUGACUUGCAGAGGUUGCUCCAAGUUGGCCAUGAUCGUGGUUUUCCUGGGAUGAUUGGAAGUAUCGAUUGCAUGCACUGGCAAUGGAAGAAUUGUCCAAAGGCUUGGCAAGGGCAGUUUACUAGUGGACACAAGGGAACAACAACAGUUAUCCUUGAGGCAGUUGCCUCAUAUGAUUUGUGGAUAUGGCAUGCUUUUUUUGGGUUGCCUGGUACAUUAAAUGACAUAAAUGUACUAGAUAGGUCGCCAGUUUUCGACGACAUUGAGUCGGGUGAAGCUCCAAGGGUAAACUUCACUGUGAAUGGGAGACAAUACAAUCUUGCAUACUAUCUUGCUGACGGAAUCUAUCCUAAAUGGCCUGUCUUCGUCCAGUCAAUUCAAAUGCCCCAAGGAAACAAACAGCAAUUUUUUGCCAAACAACAAGAGUCAUGCAGGAAGGACGUGGAACGCGCAUUCGGGGUUCUCCAGGCACGGUUUGCUAUUGUCCGCCAACCAGCUAGAAUGUGGGACCUUGAUGUCUUAGGGAAAAUUAUGAGGGCGUGCAUUAUUUUACAUAACAUGAUAGUAGAGGAUGAACGAGAUACGUAUUCCCGAAACUGGGAAAAUCUAGACUUCGAACAGUCAUCAGGCUCUAGUGCCUCUUUCAAUGUUCAAACAGAAGUAUUGCCUGAGUUUCAAGUGCAUGUUCUAGGCCGGUCCGAUUCGAAUAUUCCGACUAGAGCCGAGCUGCGAGAUAGGGUCCAACAUAUUCAGUUGAAGAAGGAUCUGGUCGAGCACAUUUGGCAGAAAUUUGGAACAACCCUCGAUUAGAUUUACCAAUUUACUAUGUGUUUUCUUCAAUAUUUUUAAUAAUUCGUGUAUGUUUGGUAUUGGGUGUGAUUAAUAAUAUCGUGUGUUUUGUUUUUA